ACCCAUAUGAGACGCUGCCCAUCUAUGGAACUGACAUUAUUAACGCAUACAGCGGGCAGAAUAUGGGUGACAUGGACCCUCACAUCUUCGCAGUGGCAGAAGAGGCUUACAAACAGAUGGCCAGGGAUGAGAGGAAUCAGUCCAUCAUUGUGAGUGGAGAAUCUGGAGCAGGGAAAACUGUUUCAGCCAAAUAUGCCAUGCGCUUCUUUGCCACAGUCAGCGGCUCUGCCAGUGAAGCAAAUGUGGAAGAAAAAGUUCUGGCAUCCAACCCUAUCAUGGAGUCCAUCGGUAACGCCAAGACCACCAGGAAUGACAAUAGCAGUCGAUUUGGGAAAUACAUUGAGAUAGGCUUUGAUAAGAAGUAUCACAUUAUCGGUGCGAACAUGAGGACAUAUCUCUUGGAGAAAUCACGUGUUGUAUUUCAGGCGGAUGAAGAGAGGAAUUAUCAUAUCUUCUAUCAGCUCUGCGCAUCUGCUCACCUCCCGGAGUUCAAAGCCCUGAAACUUGGAAAGGCUGAUGAUUUUCACUAUACCAAACAGGGUAGGAACCCAGUGAUAGAUGGAACAGAUGAUGCCAAGGAGAUGUCGACCACCAGAAACGCCUUCACACUGCUAGGUGUAAAUGAGUCCUAUCAGUUGGGUUUGUUUCAGAUUCUGGCUUCAAUUUUGCACCUGGGGAACAUUGAAGUGAAGGAUAGAGAUUCGGACAGCAGUAUUAUUCCACCGAAUAAUGGUCAUCUGAGUGUGUUUUGUGAAUUGAUGGGUGUGACAUAUCAAGACAUGUCUCAUUGGCUGUGUCAUAAGAAGCUGAAGACGGCAACUGAGACGUACAUAAAGCCCAUCCCCAAACUACAGGCCAUAAACGCCCGCGAUGCUCUCGCCAAACAUAUCUACGCCAAACUCUUCAACUGGAUCGUGGACCAUGUGAACAAAGCGCUGCAUUCUACGGUCAAACAGCACUCGUUCAUUGGAGUCCUAGACAUUUACGGGUUUGAGACUUUUGAAAUCAACAGUUUUGAACAGUUCUGUAUUAAUUAUGCCAAUGAGAAACUACAGCAACAGUUCAACAUGCAUGUGUUUAAGUUGGAGCAGGAAGAGUAUAUGAAAGAGCAGAUCCCCUGGACUCUCAUUGAUUUCUAUGAUAAUCAGCCAUGUAUCAACCUCAUCGAGGCCAAGAUGGGCAUCCUGGACCUGCUGGAUGAAGAGUGCAAGAUGCCGAAGGGUUCUGAUGACUCCUGGGCUCAGAAACUGUAUAACACUCAUUUGAAGACGUGUGCACUUUUUGAAAAACCACGGAUGUCCAAUAAAGCUUUCAUUAUUCAGCACUUUGCAGAUAAGGUGGAGUAUCAGUGUGAUGGUUUUCUGGAGAAGAAUAAGGACACAGUGAAUGAGGAGCAGAUACAUGUUCUGAAGGCCAGUAAGAAGUUUGACCUGCUGGUGGAGCUGUUCCAGGAUGAGGAGAAAGCUACAAGUCCGACUGGUGCUGCUCCUGCUACUGGAGGACGCACUCGCCUCAGCGUCAAACCAGUCAAGAACAAAGCAGGCCAAGCCAGCAAGGAACACAAGAAGACAGUCGGACUGCAGUUCCGGAAUUCUCUGCAGCUUCUGAUGGAGACACUGAAUGCGACUACACCACAUUACGUUCGCUGCAUUAAACCCAACGAUUACAAAUAUGCCUUCACGUUUGACCCCAAGAGGGCAGUUCAGCAACUGCGUGCAUGUGGAGUUUUGGAAACAAUUCGCAUCUCUGCAGCUGGUUUCCCAUCUAGGUGGACGUAUCAGGAGUUCUUUAGCAGGUAUCGUGUCCUGAUGAAACAAAAAGAUGUUUUGACAGACAGGAAGAUGACCUGUAAGAAUGUUCUGGAGAAACUGGUGCAGGACCCAGAUAAGUACCAGUUUGGCAAGACCAAGAUCUUUUUCCGCGCAGGGCAGGUUGCGUAUCUGGAGAAACUGCGUGCAGAUAAGCUGCGUGCUGCCUGCAUCCGCAUACAGAAGACCAUACGCUGCUGGCUGGCGCGCAAGAAGUACCUGCGCAUGAAACAUGCUGCCACAACCAUCCAGAGAUACGUCCGUGGAUACCAGGCCCGCUGUCUUGCGAAUUUCCUGCGACGCACACGUGCUGCGAUCGUCAUUCAGAAGUACCAGCGCAUGUAUGUCCAGAAAACGUGUUACAAACGCAAGCAGGCUGCCGCUCUGGCCAUGCAAUGCAUCCUCAGGGCAUACAUGGCCAGACAGCUGUACAAAGCGCUUCUGCGUGAGCACAAGGCCAUCAUCAUUCAGAAGAUGAUCCGUGGCUGGUUGGCCCGGCAGUGGUACAAGCGGACACUCGAAGCCAUCGUUUACCUGCAGUGCUGCAUCCGCCGCAUGCGAGCCAAGCGAGAACUCAAGAAACUCAAGAUCGAGGCACGUUCGGUGGAACACUUCAAGAAACUCAACAUUGGCAUGGAGAACAAGAUCAUGCAACUGCAGCGCAGGAUAGAUGACCAGAACAAGGAGAACCGUUCUCUCAGCGAGCGUUUGAACAGUCUAGAGAUCAGCCAUGCAGCGGAGUCCGAGCGUCUGCGUGUGGAAUUGACGCGUCUGCGAGGGGCAGAAGAGGACGCCAAAAACAACGCCAACAAAGUUACAUCUCUUCUGGAGGAGCUGGAGCGACUCCGCAAAGACCUGCAGAACACACAGAAGGAGAAGAAAGCCAUCGAGGACUGGGCACAAACCUACCAGGACGAGAUGGAAAAGAUGAUCUCAGAACUAAAGGAGCAAAACCACCUGCUGAAGAAUGAGAAAAACGACCUGAACCGACUGAUCCAGGAACAGAGCCAGCAGUGGACAGAGAAAAUGCAGAGGGCUCUGAAGGAGGAAACCCAGCAGUUAGAAUACGAUUUAAACGAGGAACGGUCUCGCUACCAGAAUCUUCUUACCGAACACCUCCGACUAGAGGAGAAAUACGACGAUUUGAAAGAGGAGAUCACACUCGCUGUAAAUGUUCCAAAACCUGGUCACAGGCGCACAGACUCCACGCACAGCAGCAACGAAUCAGAAUGCACCUACAAUUCAGAGUUUGCAGAGUCAGAGGAAGGGACCCGCGGAGGGGAGGACGUUUCCAAGGCCAUACUAGACAUGUCCCUGUUCCUAAAGCUGCAGAAGAGAGUAUCCGAACUAGAGCAAGAAAAACAGUCACUGCAGAACGAACUCGAUCGGAGAGAAGAGCAGUUUCAGCGGGCUAGAGCUAGGGACGAUGAGGAACAUAAGAAAGCACGUGGUGCUGAGCUGGAAUAUGAAUCUCUCAAGCGACAGGAGUUGGAGUCAGAGAAUAAGAAGCUCAAACAUGAUUUGAAUAAGAUGCGUCAGUCUCUGAGAGGCAGCGCUGAGGCCGGUUCUGCUGCUCCGGGUUCUCCUGUGUACACGGUCCUGCUGGAUCAGCUGAACGCCUCCAACGAGGAGCUGGAGGUGCGGAAGGAGGAGGUGCUCAUCCUGCGCUCUCAACUCGUCAGUCAGAAAGAGGCCAUGCAACAUAAGGAUGAGAAGGAGACAAUGACUGAACCGUUGCCGUACAUUGAGGAUGUGCAGAAGCUGACUGAUGCCAAGGAAAUCUCCCAGGCCUACAUGGGCCUUAAAGAGACCAACAGGUUGUUGGAGUCUCAGUUGCAGGCUCAGCGUCGGUCUCAUGAGAACGAGGUGGAGGCUUUGCGUGGAGAUUUGCAGAGUGUCAAAGAGGAGAAUAACCGUCAGCAGCAGCUGUUAGCUCAGAACCUGCAGCUUCCUCCAGAGGCUCGAAUCGAGGCCAGUCUACAGCACGAGAUCACGCGCCUCACCAACGAGAACCUGGAGCUUCACGCUGCUGAUCCAAAGGAGUAUAAAGCCUACAGAAUCAGCAUGUUACGCAGGAUGGUUGAUCUUAUGGAGCAACUGGAGAAACAGGACAAGACAGUCCGCAAACUGAAGAAACAGUUGAAAGUCUUCGCAAAGAAAAUCAAUGACCUGGAAGGUUGCCAGAUGGACGUGUCUCCAGGACAGACGGCCGACGAGCCUGUUCAUCCAGUGAACAUUCCACGCAGGGAGAAAGAUUUCCAGGGAAUGCUGGAAUACAAGAAAGAGGAUGAGCUCAAACUGGUCAAAAACCUCAUACUUGAGCUAAAGCCUCGUGGUGUGGCAGUGAAUUUAAUACCAGGUCUGCCGGCAUACAUCCUCUUCAUGUGUCUGCGUCAUGCCGACUACAUUAAUGAUGACCAGAAAGUCCGAUCUCUACUCACCUCCGUCAUCAACAGCAUCAAGAAGAUCCUCAAGAAAAGAGGUGAUGAAUUUGAGACUGUUUCCUUCUGGUUGUCCAACACAUGUCGUUUCCUGCACUGCCUGAAACAGUACAGUGGCGACGAGCAAUUCAUGAAGCAUAACACUUCUAAACAGAAUGAUCACUGUCUCUCCAACUUUGACCUGGCCGAGUACCGGCAGGUUCUGAGUGAUCUGGCCAUUCAGAUCUACCAACAGCUCAUCAAGUGUAUGGAGAACAUCCUGCACCCCAUGAUCGUCUCUGGCAUGCUGGAACAUGAAACCAUCCAGGGCGUGUCUGGGGUGAAGCCAACAGGUCUCCGUAAGAGGACGUCCAGUAUUGCUGAUGAGGGGACAUACACAUUGGACUCCAUCAUCCGGCAGCUCAACUCCUUCCACUCCAUCAUGUGUCAGCACGGAACCGACCCAGAGCUCAUCAAACAGGUGGUCAAGCAGCAGUUCUACAUCAUUGGUGCUGUCACCCUUAACAACCUGCUGCUGCGUAAAGACAUGUGCUCCUGGAGCAAGGGCAUGCAGAUCAGGUAUAACGUGAGUCAGCUGGAGGAGUGGCUGAGAGAUAAGAACCUCAUGACAUGCGGUGCGAAAGAGACGCUGGAGCCAUUGAUUCAGGCCGCACAACUACUGCAGGUCAAGAAGAAAACCGAUGAGGAUGCUGAGGCCAUCUGCUCCAUGUGUAACGGCCUCUCUACAGCACAGAUUGUGAAGGUGCUGAACUUGUAUACGCCUGUCAACGCGUUUGAAGAGCGUGUGUCAGUACAGUUCAUAAGAACAAUACAGACACGUUUACGGGAUCGAAAGGAGUCGCCUCAGCUUCUGAUGGACACCAAAGUCAUCUACCCCGUGACCUUCCCCUUUAACCCCUCCUCCCUGGCCCUGGAAACAAUUCAGAUACCCAGCAGCCUCAAUGUGGGCUUCCUCACUCGUGUGUAGACCCGUCAAUCACCUCACCUCAACCAUUCACACGGCAGGAACAGGGAGCCAAAAUAUAUAAAUAAAUAAAAAAUGAUGAUUAUAGGUAAAUAAGCCACACACUUAAAGAGAAUGCAAUAUAGAUCAUGUCAUCAAUCCUUCUUUUUGCACUUCUUCAUCACUUUUAUUUAUUCAAUAAAAGAGUGAAUCUCACAAAACCUGUCAAGCACGUUUUCAGAUCACAAUUGACCUCAAAAUCAAAAGAAACACAUAAGCUAUAUUUUGUUUAAAUAAAAUGAAGCUCAUCUUUAGGACAAUUAAUAUUUUGACAUUGUUAUUUUAAUGGCAAUUAAGCACUUUCCCCAAAAAUUCUUAUUACUGAAAUGCAAAAAAAAAAAAACAUCUUAUUGUAAUGUGAAAACAAAUAUAUUAUUUACAUAGUAUAGUAUUUGCUAACAUAUGCUGAUUAAAAUAGUAAUUAAAAUUCACUUGAAUGCAGUAAUUAAUUAAUAAUUAAUACCAUGAUUUAUUAUGAAUAAAAAUUAUUAAUGAGAAUCAACACUGAGAAUAAUGUCAAUGACAGAAAUGCUCAAAACUCAUAUCCACAGCAAUGCAAAAAAAACACAAAAAAAAACAGAAAAAUCUGUUCUUCAUUUACUUCAUGGAAAAUAUAUUCUUAUAUUUUCUUUUGAUUGCGGGACCUGGAUAUUUUUGUGAGAUUUCACCUCUUAAACUGGAAUAUUUCAGAGAUGUUUCACUUAUUGAAUGUUACGAAAGGAACAAUAAAGGUCAAAAUAACACUAAUGCCUUUUCAGAUCACAACCAGAAUAAGUUCACGGGGCUGUAUAAUCGUACACAUAUAAAUGUUUAUAAAUAUGUAUGAUGCUAGGAUAUUUUAUUUAUUGCUUUACCCUGUCAGAUUUUUUUUUUCUCUUAGAUGCUAGCUAACAUGGAUAUCCAGUUGCGGAACAUACUCUAGUCCUCUGCACUCAUCCAUAUCAAAAUAAUAACUUAGACUCAGUAAAAAAAACAAAAAAAAAACCUUGGAGCUCAGCUGACUUCAUUAACGUAGGUGUUUAUUUGUUAGUUGCGUGUGGUGAUGUUGAUUAGCUAAUAAGUAAUCAUGUCUGGUGUAACUCUGGCGGAAAGAAAACUUAGCAUCCAUGCACUGAGCUUAUCCCUUCCUCAAGAGCUUCCUCAAGUUUACAUCUCUGAUCUUCAGGAAUCAUUUCUAAAGAGAUGGUACAGUCCAGACCCAGUGCAUGAUGGGAUUGUUUGGGUUUGCAUAAUACCGACCAGCUCUGUCAGCAUCGAACAUAUCAAGAACACGAGAUCCGUGUUCCACAGCUUUCAGCAGAGCUAGAGCUGGUUCAGGUGGGAUCUAGACUCCUGAAUGCGGUUUAAUGAAGCCUCUAACAUUUUAUUGGUUAGUGAAUCUCAUGAAGAAAUGUCCCAGGGAAAUAUCAAAUGAAACAAAUAACAAAAACGGUUUUUGCACUAAGAACAUUAAGCCUAUUUUAUGAAGAUUAUGAUUUCAUUGUUGCAUUAUUUUCAUCACAAAUAAGCAUAUUUUAAUCCCAAAUUCUCACUAUUGUAAUGCAGUGAUAUAUAUUACCAUUACCUUACAUGUGUACUUUACAAUUUAAAUAUCAUAAUUUAUAAUUUUUUGUAUUACAGUAAUGAGAAUUGAUGGAGAAAUGGCCUUCAUUUUGCAAAUGGGCAAACAAAAAAAAAACAUAAUAUUGGUCAGUUUACAGUAAUA